AUGACAAAAAGACAUUGUAUUACAGUCACUACUACUACUACUACUACUACUACUACUACUACUACUACUACUACUACUACUACUACUACUACUACUACUACUACUACUACUACUACUACUACUACUACUACUACUACUACUACUACUACUACUACUACUACUACUACUACUACUACUACUACUACUACUACUACUACUACUACUACUACUACUACUACUACUACUACUACUACUACUACUACUACUACUACUACUACUACUACUACUACUACUACUACUACUACUACUACUACUACUACUACUACUACUACUACUACUACUACUACUACUACUACUACUACUACUACUACUACUACUACUACUACUACUACUACUACUACUACUACUACUACUACUACUACUACUACUACUACUACUACUACUACUACUACUACUACUACUACUACUACUACUACCUCUCUUCCUUUCUUUCUCUCUUUCUUUCUUUAG